UUAAUUUAUUUUUAAUGUGUUAUGGAUUCACGUUUUAUUUAUAAGUAAUGGGUUCCGGAGCAUCCGGGCUGGUGGGCGAAGUGCCGGGCACUGAUCUGCGGCUGCCGGCCUCCGGAUUGCGCUUCUCUUUACACCAACUUCGCGCUCUCAAUUCAUACAUUGACAUCUUGUAUGAGGAGGAUCAGAAAGGUCGUAUAACAACGGAGACGGAAUGCAUUGUGGAGGGAAUUGUGCAAAACAUAGUGGAUGGCGCCGGGCAAAGGGAUCCGCGCUUCAGGUGCUGCCAUCUGAUCGCAUUGCAUAGAAACAAAAAGAUGCGAUCUCGUUCUUUGGAAUAUCUGGUGACACUGGACGGUUUGCCGACCCUGAACGGUGAGAGUGCGCACUGCCGGCUGCAAGAAGGACCUGCUGGGUACGGCAAGAUUCUGCUCACGGGUAGGGAGGCCGACAAAUGGGCAGAGUUCCUGACACCCACGGGAUAUCUCUGCAGAGACAAGGUGGUGGAGCGCUGGGUGCAGCUGCUGGCGCGGGGCGCGCGCGGCAGGGGGGGCGGGGCGUCCCGCGUGCUCAGCGCACGAGCAGCCGCGUUCGUGCGCCCGCAGCGAUACUGCUAUUUGGAAACUGUAUCCCAGCAGCGGAGGUGCGAGCGGCUGGCGAUAGUGGAGGGCGCGGCGUGGGUGGUGGUGCGCGUGGGCGCGGCGCAGGCCGAGGCCAAGCUGGUGCUGAGCGCGCGCGCGGCCGGCUGCAGCCCGCACCUCGCCCGCCUGCCGCUCACACACCCCCUGGCGCUGCUGCACUAUACUGCCGCUCAGGAGGGCUACUACGCGGCGGCAGUGGGUCCCCCUGGAGGAGUGGGGGGCGGUACGGGGUGCGCGGGGGGCGAGCGCGGCGCGCUGUGGCAGCUGCGGCAGCCCGCGCUGGACGCCGCGCUCGACACGCACUGCUCAGACCUCUCAACUGUCGCCAGAGUAGCGGGAGCUCUGAAUGCACUCAUUGAUAAUAUGCGCGAAGGAUCUUAUCAGGGCUCCACGCGCCUGCUGAGCCGCUACAUGUCGUGGUGCGCGCUGCGCCGGCGGCUGUACCGCGCGGCGCAGCUGCACAGCGUCGCCGCCAGGAGCCUCGCCGCCGCACACGCCUCGCAUCAUCUGCUCCUCGUUCUAGAUUCGUUAUUGCAGGUGUGCUGUCGCGGCGGGCAGGCCGGCUUCCUGUUCCCUGCGCAGCGCGGCGAGCUGGCGCGACGCGGUGCGCGUGAUGACGACUGGGCGACUGAUGCUACCUGCAUCAGGAGUUGUCUAUUGCAUCUUCAUAAACUAGCUGUGGGGGAAGAAAUCCAGCGAACACCAUCAGAGUCGUUGGAGGCGGCGCUGUUCAGUCGCUGGGAGAGCGUCAACAAGGAGUCGCGGUCCUCGCUGGCCGCCAGCAGCUGCAGCCCGCGACAGCUGCGCUACCUCACUCGCGUGGCGCGAGAACUCAUCUCCUGCAAGAACAUGAUGCCAUAUGAAAAUGGAAACACGUUCAAGGAGAAUUUGAUACAAGCCACCUCCCAGCACCAGGAGUCCAUUGAGGAGUUGGUGCAUGUGCUGGCGAUACUGCUGGACCAGGCGCGGGAUUCCUACCUCUAUAACAUUCUUAAUAGAAAUGGUGGAGAAUUUGACAAGGAACUAUCAGCUUACAGGUCGAAGAAAUGGAACAAAUUAAGAGAUUACUACGACGCGUCAUCAGCCUGCCUCAUAGAUGCUGCUAGAAGAGAUCCAGAACUUAGAAAAGAAGAUUUAUCCGACAUUAAUCUCAUGAAACACGUUCUUCUAUGGCUUCACAAAGGAGUUAAAGAGGAUAAGAAGUAUUUAGGACCCGUUCUAAAGCCGUAUCUGGAUGCACUUUUUGAUGUUUCUAUAGAAAAUUGCUGGUUCUUGGAAGAGUUUGAUGCUAGAAAGUGUGAGGUGGAACGUCAAGGUUUAGAAGAAUAUUGUUUAGGAGUUCAGAGCGGGGAGAUAGAACCUUGUAUGGGAUUAUUGGAUGCUGCUAAGACUAUGAGCUGGGCAAAGGCUAUGGUCGACUUUGUGGAUAGAUUCCGUCAUGUAGAGUUCCGGCUGGUGUUCCCUACUGGCGAGGGUGUGGCGAUGUCGUGUCCCGUGCGGCUGCCUUCGCGCCGCGAACACAGCAGUGCGCGGGCGCUCACGCUGAACCGCCGCGACAAAGCGCACGCCAAGGUCAAGUUGACCACCAGAUGUGUACUCGCCGCAUUCCACUCCGCACUUUUGGGGGAUAGAGGAUCAAAAUCCAGAACCAUGAGACGUCACGAGAGCUCCGAAGAAAUACUUCGAAGUGUGAAAUCUGGUAACUUCUGGAGGAGCAGCACUAAGCCUGACAUCAUUCCCUCCAGUUCCGUACAGGAUAUGUCUACUCUUGAUAAUCUCUCGAAAGUACGGAGAUCUCGAAGAAGUAGACCGGCUUCUUACGGCUUUCCAGAAAUUUCUAUCACAGAUCAAUCGGAUAAGAAGACCUUGAGACGGAAAUAUCAUACACUGAAGAAUUUAGUGUAUACUGAACCAGUGGAAAGUAUCAAAGAGUUGAAAAGACGGCCGCGGUCUGCAGGGUCUACUGUGAGGAGCAAGGAAGCUCUGAGUAGACCGAGUCUACUGGAGACGUUGGAUUUUAUAAACGGUGUAAAAGAUGCCUUGUAUGAGGAGUCAGGGACGUCGGAGGCGGAGGAGUGCGGCUGGUCGUACGAGGAGGAGUGUCUGCUGAGCAGCAGGUCGCCGGCCAACCUGCUGGCGGCGCUGAGCGCGCCCGAGCUGCUGCACCUCACGCUCGGAGACCUGGUCUCCGGCCUGCUGCAGCGCGGCAGGUUCACGAUCCUACAAGAGCUGUGUCCGUACCUGUGCGGCGGGGGCGAGGGCGCGCUGUUCGCGCUGCACCGGCUGGCGCGCGCCGCUCGCUCCAGGAGCACUGAGAGGGCCACGAGUAAUUGGAAGUUACCGGAAUCAGCCGAGGAAGCAAGACAGUCGGUGCAGCGCUACCGGCGCCGCCCGCCUGAUGACGUGUCGGGGGACGAGGCGGCCCCGCAGCCCCCGCAGCCCCCGCAGCCCCCGCCACUGCCCCGCAACGUCAACAAAACUAAUAAGAUUCCUAACCACUACCCAGAUUACAUACCAACAAAACGUCUCCAAGAUCUAGAAAAUCAUCUUAACUAUCUCGAGCAAGUAAAAUCACGUCUGACGUUACAUCAAAAUUCAAACUACCCACAAAAUUACACCGGCAUCAUAAAUCCCAUUUACGAUAUCAAAAUACCAAAAGACAAAUUCUCUGUCAAAAGAACUAAAUCCCUCGGUAGAACAUUCAGUUCUAGACAUGUAGGUUUAGAGAUAACGAGAUAUAACCUAACUCUAGGUCCUAAAUCAGGCAAGAAGACUAAUGAUGUGGUGACCGCUAUGAACGGCACCAGCGGAGAGACUGGCCUCGAUGUUAGGAGUCAUUUCUUACAAAGAUAUAGCACUGAAAAUGUUGUCGGUGACUCUUAUAGAGUGAGCAGAAUCUCUGUUGACUAGUAUUUUAUGUGACGCUAGCUUUCGCCCGCUAUUCCGUCCGAUUGGAAUAAAUAAAACGUAAGUUUGUAGCCUUCAAUUCAAAAAAGAGAUCUAUUCAGCAGUUUAGGUGGCAAACUCUAACAAAAAUCCAUCCAUCCAUGUAAACUUUCGCAUUUAUAAUAUUA